AUGUCCUUGCUCUCACCAGGAGAUGAAGAUGAACCAGAGCGUUUUGAUGGUCUUUCUCUCUUAUACUGGACUAUUAUGGGCCCUCAUGGAAUCAAUCGAGCUGUGCAUCGCAUUUCUUUUUCUGACUGUCAAAAUGGAUUAGGAGUUAAAAUUAUUGGUGGUUAUCGGGCACAAACAGCAGAAGAUUAUGGGAUUUUCAUAAAGAGAAUUCUACCUGGAGGAGUUGCUGCUGUAGAUAGCCGUUUGCUCACUGGUGAUCUGAUUUUGGACGUCAAUGGAGAAAACUUAAUGGGAGUAACCAAUGAAAGGGCUGUUGACAUCUUGCGAACAGCAUCCGCAUCUAACCACAUGUCUCUGCUAGUUGCUAGAGAUGAAGAAGCAAAGAAAGAAUUUCUUGACCUGAUGGAUAAGUACGGCUCUCACAGUGACAUCAACUCAGCCAGAAGUUCUCCAACACAACCAUUAUGUGCAAAAUCUAAUGACAGCCCUUCUUCUGGGUCGUCCUCAAGGCCACAGAGCCCUCAGUUGCAUCCAAAGGAUAAUGUCACCACCAGCAGCAGAAAUAAUUCUGGCCCAGCACCAUUCCCAAAGCUUGCAAACGAUAGUGCAUUUCAGAUGAUCUCCGUUUGCAAGGGAACAAGCCUAGGUUUGAAUAUUGUAGGAGGAAUUAACAGAAAUGAAGGGCCUUUGGUAUAUAUUCAAGAAAUUAUCCCUGGUGGUGAUUGUCAUAAGGAUGGACGAUUGAAGCCUGGAGAUCAACUUGUAUCCAUAAACAAGGAGUCAAUGAUUGGUGUCUCCUAUGAAGAGGCAAAAAGUAUAAUCAACAGAACAAAGAUGAGGUCUGAAAGUUUUUGGGAGAUAGCUUUUAUCAGGCAAAAAAAUAUUCCCAGUUAUUUAGAGAGUCUGCAACGUCCCUCCAGCCUUUUAACAUCAUCUAUAGCGUAUGGAGACCAGCAGGGUGCAGUACUUAGUUCUCUUGCAUCUCCUAAUGGGAAGCUUGUUCCAACAUUCAUUCCAAAUGCUAUGGAAACUGGAGGCAAGACGGGAGAGCAUUCUCCAGUUACUUCUCUAGACAGCAAUCCUACUGAUGUGUCUGCCACUGUUACUGCCCCCAGCCAGAAUGAUGAUUAUGAGCUGCAAGGGAGGAACUCUACUAUUCGUCUCAAAGCAGAAAAGCUGGAGAGGGCAUUGAAUUAUCUUGGGAUUCAGCCCACAGAUGAACAGCAGCAAGCCCUAAGGCAGCAACUUCAGAAAGAUUCUAAAGGAACAGUGUCUUUUGGAGAUUUCAUUGAAGUUUCAAAGAAUCUGCUCACUGCGCAAUUGAAUGCAACAGAUGAUGGCCAAAAAUCUCCAACACUUGGAGUCAAUGAAAUUGCCAGCUUCCUGAAUUCACAGAUUGUAACCUGUGAUUCUUUGGAUGACGAUGUGGAAAGACUCAAGAAAGAAAGAAAUGAUGCUUUAAAAGAAAUGAGUAAAUUAAAGGAAAAAUUGUCUGAAUCCAUGAAUUUAGAGAAGCAGUUAACAGAGCAGCUACAGAUCAUCAAGCAAGAAGCCAAGGCAGCUGUAGAAGAGACAAGAGCCCUGCGAAGUAGGAUUCAUCUUGCAGAAGCUGCACAAAGGCAGGCUCGGGGAAUGGAGAUGGACUAUGAAGAAGUAAUUCGCCUGUUGGAAGCUGAAAUUGUAGAGCUGAAGGCUCAGCUCACAGAUCAUUCUGGCCAAAAUAAAGAUAAUAUCCAAGACUUGAGAAAGAGAGUUACAGUGCUUGACUGCCAGCUGCGGAAGUCUGAAUCGGCCAGGAAGACCUUUGAGGUGGCUACUGAAAAAUUACUACAAUUUGUAGAGGUUGUGCAUGAAAUACUUUCAGAUAACUCUACUGCCUCAACAGUUUUAAGUGACAGAACAUCAACGUUGUCUACUAAAGCACUUCUCGCACGGUUGGGAAGGACUGGACCUACUGUCACAACAGCUCUUGCAGCAGAAGCGAGAGACCUUGCCAAGUCUCUCCGUGCCAUUUUGGAAGUAGACUGUCUGCCUUAUGGAUGGGAGGAAGCUUAUACGGCAGAUGGAAUCAAAUAUUUCAUCAACCACGUGACACAGACAACAUCAUGGAUCCAUCCCGUAACAAGCGCGCUAAGCUUGCUUUGCUCUGAGGAUGAUGACGAUGGAAUAAGAGAGUUGCCCAGGUCCAAGAGCUGA